AUGGAUCCAGUCUCCAUAGCGGCCGCUGUCGGCCCGGCUCUUAAAACCUUGUACUCUGUCACGACGACACUCUACACCUUCAUCACCUCAGCGAAGAAGGUUGGCAAGUCCUUGGAGGACCUCCAAGGAGAGGUUCGAGGCCUGACCCGGGUGCUGGAGGAUAUCGAGGCGUUUCCCAAAGAUACCGUCAUCGCUCAAACAAGUUAUGCUUCGUCCAGAACAGAUGGCGCUUGGGACCCAAUACACAAUGCUAUUCAAGAUACCCAGCGCACAAUCGAGGCUCUGCAGAAGGUUCUUGAUCGCCUCGGGCCUCCUAGCAAAGUCACAAAUGGCUUCAAGAAGGCCGUGAAGCAGGUACAACUGAAUAUCAAUUCAGAAGAGAUCAGCAACAUCAGGGCCAUCAAUUGUCGGACCAAUGAUAAUAUCUUCAAUGUCAUCAAUCCAAAAAUCGAUACCAUCCUCCCUCUCGUCUCGAAAGUCGAAGGUCUGAUAAAGCAAGUUGAGAACCUCUCGUCACAGUGGACUACUAAAGAUGACAAAUUACCGAUGGACUUCCGAAAUCCUCAUAUUGCGGGACAUACUCAGCAAUUGAAGCGCACUGCAGAGGCAGUGAUUGCCUCUGCAAGUACUGUUAUUGAAUCGCAGUCUACCAUUGUGAGUGGAAAAGAUCGACAACAUCCAUCAUCUGCCAGCUCUGGAGAGCUCUCGGAAGAACUAAGAAAGUGCGACAUUGAGGAGUGGAUCACCCGCUUGACCGUUAAUUACGAGGAACCGAGAUCAGAAUCUGAUAGCGCCAGUGAGCUGAUGCCCGAUGACAGCGUCAGCAGUAUCGGCUUGAAUAGACGCAGACGGUCGCAACAGAUCAAUGAAGCGGGAAUGCCAGGGUCUACUUCAGAGACUGGCAAGGGUCCGGGCCCCCCGAAAAGAAUGGACAAUAGAAGGAAAACCCCGACGAAGGAUAUCUUCGAGGAAAAGCUCGCACACCGGAAACCCAACGAAAAGAUUAAAUCUGUCAGUAUUGAGGAAGACCUCGAUCUCGAUAUAGCCUUCGAACAGAUUCCAACUGGACAUCGAGCGGACCCCAACGUGGGUACGUCUUACAACAAGAAAUCUGCAAAAGAGUUAGUGGCGGCUCUCAUGAUGAGAUUUGAGGCGAAGAAGUGGAAUUCCAAUGACGCACUCCUUGAGCUGGCCAAGACAGCAGCUGGGCAAGGCGUGGGAAGCCGCUCUGACACAGAAGGGGCACUUCUAUAUCUGCUGGGGAAGGGCGCCAAUGUGAACGCAAUAGAUGCCAAUGCAAAGACGGCUCUGCACCAUCUUUCGAAUGGAGAAAACACCGCCCUGAUCGAUCUACUUGUUGAGCGAAAUGCAGAUAUCAAUGUAAAGAACGAACAGGGUCUUACUGCUUUGCACCUUGCUGCCGUAAAGGGAAAUACACCAGUUGUUGAAAUCUUGUUGAAAAGCGGCGUCGAUAUUGAACAGAAAUCCGAGAACGCUCUUUCACUGGCUGCUUCUUGGGGUCGGGCACCGACAGUAGACUGUCUGUUAAAAGCCGGUGCGAAUAUCCAUGCGAGGGAGGGGGGGAAUAAUACAUCGCUUUCUCUAGCCGCGUUAAAUGGUCAUACCGAGGUGGCUAGUAUGCUGGUGAAUGCUGGCUCGUCAGUCGAUGCAAAAAACGAAUUUUGUUCUACACCUUUGAGUGAGGCGGCCUUCUGGGGCCGUACUGAGGUAGUCGAGGUGCUGUUGAGAGCUGGAGCGUUAGUCAAUGUGAAAGAUGAUAAGGGUAAUACACCUUUGCAUCACGCGGCUAGGUCGGGUUAUACUGGGGUAGUUGAGGUGCUGUUGAAAGCUGGAGCGUCAGUCAAUGUGAAAGAUAAUGAGGGUGAUACACCUUUGCAUGACGUGAUCUAUUGGGGCCGUUUUGAGGUAGUCGAGGUACUGUUGAAAGCUGGAGCGUCGGUCAAUGUGAAAGAUAAUGAGGGUGAUACACCUUUGCAUCACACGGUCUAUCGGGGCUAUACUGGGGUAGUCGAGGUGCUGUUGAAAGCUGGAGCGUGGGUCAAUAUGAAAGAUAAUAAGGGUAUAACACCUUUGCAUGACGCAGUCUAUUGGGGCCAUACUGGGGUAGUUGAGGUGCUGUUGAAAGCUGGAGCGUCAGUCAAUGUGAAAGAUGAUAAGGGUAUAACACCUUUACAUGACGCAGUCUAUUGGGGCCAUACUGGGGUAGUUGAGGUGCUGUUGAAAGCUGGAGCAAACCUGGAAGCACGCGAAGACCUUGGUCAAACACCACUAGUGCUCGCUGCUUACUGGGGCCAUAGAACAAGCAUUGAGCUGCUCCUUGCUGCCGGAGCGGACAAAAGAGCAAGAACGAAUUACGGCGAGACAGUGCUACAUAGAAGCCUCUGUUACGCACAUCCCCAGGAUUGUAACAAAGAAUGGUGCGCGAUUUGCGCUGAAUCUGUGACUCGAAAGGACAUAGCGAAGCUGUUAUGUGAAAGGGGGGCCGAUCCAUCGGCAAAGAGAAAUGAUGGGAAAUCUGUGUUGUCCUGGCUUCGUGAGCACCACCACGUCUAUCCCAAAAGCGAACAGCAAGUCUUAAUCAGAGUGCUGAAGGAAUAUGGAGCCAAAUAA